GUACUAAGUAUCAAGAAGAAAGAAGAAGAGUUUAAAAUAAUCGAUGAGCCAACGACACCAGAAAGUUCAUAUCAGCACCAUAAGAGUGCAGACGAGAGUUUCUUUUCUCAGCUUUCGCGAAGUGCUAGCCGGAGAAGCAACACCCCAACACCGGGUGGUCUCAGGUCUUUGUCGAGAGACGACAGCUGGAGAUGCACCACGCCAACACGGGGAGAAUUCUAUGGCUCCUUACCAAGAACUACAAGUGAAGGUAUUGCCACCCCAAACACCCCUAUGACCCCAAAAACCCCUACCACCCCAACAACACCUACCACCCCAACGGCAGGUUUCCAACCUUCACUGUCCAAAAUCACAAGCCGGAGGGCCACCCCCAUCAUUUAUUCACAGUCGACAGUUCGGAGGAAACCUCAGCCAAUUUUGAAGAAGCUCGAGUGCACGCUCGAGGAAUUGUGCCAUGGAUGUGUCAAGAAGAUCAAGAUUACAAGAGAUGCCAUCUCUGAUGAGGGGUUGAUUGUUCAAGAAGAAGAGUUAUUGAAGAUAAAAAUAAAGCCUGGGUGGAAGACAGGAACAAAGAUUACAUUCGAGGGAAAAGGCGAUGAAAGACCGGGUACUCUGCCAGCAGAUAUCAUCUUCAUGAUCGACGAGAAAAGACAUACAAUUUUCAAGAGAGAAAGCGAUGAUUUGGAGCUCGGAGUUGAGGUCCCUCUGAUCAAAGCUCUCACGGGUUGCACCAUUAGUGUCCCUCUGCUUGGAGGUGAGAAGAUGACUUUGUCAUUUGAGGAUAUCAUAUAUCCAGGCUACGAAAAGAUCAUCCCCGGCCAGGGCAUGCCGAAAUCUAAAGAAGGAGGGAGGAGAGGGGAUCUAAAACUCAAGUUUCUGGUCAACUUCCCUACAGAUUUGACCGAUGAACAACGAUCAGAA